AAAACAUUGCACAUUGUAUUAGAUCGUUGAAUUGAAUCCUGCAGGACCACUAGCCAUACGUACAAGCAAAAUAUAAUGGAACAAACAACUGUAAGUCAGUAUUUCACAGCUCGCAAAAAUAGCACUUCCUUACAUCCUUCUAAAAGAAGAAAGUUGGAUGCGGCAACGGACAGCAUUAGUAUUGAUUGUAAAUACAAGAGAUCUAGCAAAGCAAAAUUGUCGCAACGAAAAACAACUACCAAUCUACGAAAACAAGUGACAAAAGAGAAACAAACUGCUAUGAGUGUUAACGAUUUAUUGACAGCAUCCCCGUUGAUUAUUAGAAAUGAAGUAACAAAAGUCAAUGAUGACCAUGUGUCGUCUUCUUCUCCAAAAAGAAAAUUAACAAAGCAGACCAAUACUGCUUCUGAAAAAAGUGGAGAUGUCCCAUCAGUCAUGUCAAACUUACACGCAUGCAAUAAAGCAAUACUGUCAAGCAAGAGAAGUAUGAUCCAGAUAAACAAUGAUAUUAAUGAGCAAGCAAAAAAUAUUUUACAUAGCAGAGGAGCUGCCUUGGUAAAAGCAAGUCUAAGAAAUUGUAAAAAUGCAGUUAAUACAAAUGCUUUAAAGAAUUCCGAACUGCAGAAAAAAUCUUCAAGGGAAUGUAAAACACCUAUUUCAGAAAGAAGGGGUCGUCUAAGAGGCAAAUAUGCUAAUUUGCUGAAAGAUGAUAAUGUACCAAUCAAUAAUGUUGAAUCUGCAACUCCUCUUCAAAAGAACAUCUCAGAGUCUAGUUCCCAAAGAUCAUCAGAUAAAUUCCGCCAUCUUACACAAAAGGCAACUCCUGUGACAUUUGCUUUGCCCUUGAAGUAUAAAAAUCUUUUGGAGAUGUUCAGAUGUACAGACUCAGUGCUGUUUCUACUAAAUCAGAGGUCUGAAACCUGUACAUAUGACAGACUAAAGAAGUCUGUUCAAGCCAUGUGUGGAAGAGAAUUCAAUCAUCAGCACUUGGCUUCAAUGAAAAGUAUUUACCCCACUGCAUUCACUUUCCGACAGGAGAAAAAUUUACACACUGCUGGAAGUAAAACUUCAGAAUAUCAGUUAACUAUUGAAGCAAACUUCAAAGAAGUCUGUGGCAAUUCUUCCAAGAUUUCGUCAUCAGUUCUGAUAACAAGAAAAUUGAAAUUCGAAAACAACCUUUUAGCUUUGACCAGAAAACACCAUCAGAAAUUUUUGCGCAAGCUAAACUUGAAAAUUGAAGAUUCUGAAAUUCACCGAUGGCAUCCAAAUUUUAAACUGGACGAAGUGCCUGAUAUUGAAGUGUCUGCAUUACCUCGUGCACCGUUAAUUAAGAGCAUUACAUCAGCUGCUGAUCUGUUGAUAAAAGCAAGAGGUGAUCUAGCUCCAAAGGUUGAGAAGGCUCUGCACAAUGCUGCAUCAACGUCCAGCAAAACAAACAGAGAUAACAAUAACGCCGUUGUAACCAUGGAUACCAACAAGGUGGAUAAAGUAACUUCUAAUUCCAAACUAAAGGGUGUGUCUAAUUCUCUUCUUCAACGUAUUCGGGACAAAGAAAGAAAGAAAAUGGAACUUGCAAUGACUCGAGAUCCAAAACAAGAGGAUAAGUUGUCUAAAAUGGAAAGGUUACCAGAGAUGUGUCGUAUUCUCAAGUCUUACUUCACAGCUGAGAAAAAGGCUGCAAUCACGCUGGAAGAUUGCACGCAGAAGUUGCUUGAGAGCUAUGGAACCUCGUUGCAAGGAAAUCUUAUCGAAGAACACGUGAAGUUGUUAAACGAGUUAGUACCUCAGUGGUUAACAAUCGCAACGGUUCGAAAAUGCCCUUACGUGAAACUGUCGAAAAAUUACGACAUAAAUAACGUCAUUAAUGAGUUGUCGAAAAUUUUCAAGGAAGAACAGUCAAAAUGACGCUUUUUAUAUCCUUUUUUUUAAAAUAAAUUUUAAUAGUUUUUAUUAACCCGCUCAGUGUUACUGAGUUUUUAUCUUGUAAGUAACCAUUGUAAUAUUUAUUAAUGUUAAUAGAAGACUGUAAUUGUAUAA